GAGUUACAAAAAUGGACUGAGUGAGAGAUACAGAAUGGCAAAGAAAAAUAAAAAAUAAUAUCCAGAAAGCCCACACCAUUAAACUUUGCCUAUUGAAGAAUCCAAUAUGUAAUUUUUUUCUAGGGCUAUUAACCCUUUUUUUUUUUUUUUUCCCCUUUUCCUAUUUUUAUCCUUUUUCAAUGGCGGUGCAUCUGAUUUUUCAUUAAAAAGGUGUGGUGAAGGAACCCCAGAUUUUGAUUCUGCUGGAAAUUUUGAUUUCUUAAGGUUUUGCUGAUUCUUUUGUUGGUUUUUUGCUAUUUGAAGGAAGAAACGGUAAAAUUUGGGUGGAUUUUGUUGAAAGAGUGGGGUGAAGGAACCCCAGAUUUUGAUUUUGCUGGGAAUUUUGGUUUAUGGUGUAAAUUGGAUUGGAAAUUGAGUUGUUUUUUUUUGAAAUGGAAGCUGGUGUGGGUAAAUCAGAACGGAGAGGGAGGAAAAGGAGAAGAAAGGAUGUGCAAAAUGUGGAGGUUGAUCAGGAUGGGAAGAAAAGGGCUGUUGUGUUGAAGCCUAAAGAAUUAGUAGGUAGGUACGUUAGGAAGGAAUUUGAGGGAAAUGGGUUAUUUUUGGGAAAGAUUGUGUUUUAUGAUUCAGGGUUGUAUAGGGUUGAUUAUGAUGAUGGAGAUUGUGAAGAUUUGGAUCCCGGUGAAUUGAAAGAGGUUUUGAUUGAAGAGGAUGUGUUGGUUGGUGAAUGGUUGGACAGGAAGAAAAAGUUAAAUGAAAUGGUGGCAAGUAAGCAGGUAAAGGAUGUUGCUCCUCAGGUUGAGAUUGCGGCUGAGCUGGUAAGUGCUGUAGUUGAUACGAUUGAAGAAGUGCCAGUUUUGAGUGACUCGAGGUAUGAUUCUCCUGUUAAACUUGAGAAGAUGCAAGUAGGUACUGCUGAUUCACUGAGCGAUUUGUCUGAAGAUGAUGAGGAGCAGGAUUUAAGUUCAGAGGUGGAAAAGACUCUUGUUCCUGCACCUGAACUGCCUCCAUCUUCUGGAAAUAUUGGUAUUCCAGAGGAAUAUGUACCAUACCUUUUGUCCAUUUUUAGCUUUUUGCGAACGUUUAGUACAACAUUGUUUCUGAGUCCCUUUGAACUUGAUGACUUUGUGGGUGCACUCAACUGUUCUAUUCCAAACUCCUUGUUGGACUCUAUCCAUGUUGCUGUUAUGCGUGUUUUGAGGCGUCACCUUGAAAACCUGUCAUCUGAUGGUUCUGAGCUUGCAUCAAAGUGCCUAAGGAACAUUGAUUGGAGCUUGCUUGAUGCAAUGACUUGGCCAGUGUAUCUAGUUCAUUAUUUAACGGGAAUGGGAUACACAGAUGAACAUGGUUGGAAAGAGUUUUAUCCCCAUACUUUGGAGAAGGAGUAUUACUCAUUGACUGCCGGCAGGAAACUCAUAGUUCUGCAGAUCUUGUGCGACAGUGUCCUGGAUUCUGAGGAGCUAAGAGCAGAAAUUGACAUGCGUGAAGAAUCAGAGGUAGGAAUUGAUUCAGAUGGCGGUACAGUUUUUGCCCCUGUAAUUGGACCACGUAGAGUGCAUCCACGGUAUGCUAAAACUUCUGCCUGCAAGGACCAAGAAGCCAUCAAGCUUAAUAAAGAAAACAGCGAAACAAAUAUCUUUUCGAAUACUAAUUCUUUGGGCGCGAAAGUUACUGGACAAGCUUCUAUUCGUGACGUUGAUCAAGAUGGUAAUGGUGAUGAGUGUCGUCUCUGCGGUAUGGAUGGAACUUUACUUUGCUGUGAUGGCUGUCCGUCAUCUUACCAUGGUAGGUGCAUUGGUGUUUGCAAGAUGUAUAUACCAGAAGGAGCAUGGUAUUGCCCUGAGUGCACAGUCAAUGGGCUUGAUCCCAAAAUUACAAGGGGAACACCGCUGAAAGGAUCAGAGGUGUUUGGUGUUGAUUCCUAUGGACAAGUCUUUAUGGGUACUUGCAAUCAUCUGCUUGUGUUGAAGGCUUUGGCUGACUCGGACUGUAAUGUCAGAUACUACUACGACAAAGACAUACCCAAGGUGCUUCAAGCACUCAACACCAGUGUGCAGCAUUAUGCCUUAUAUUUGGAAAUAUGCAAAGGAAUUAUCCAGUAUUGGAAACUUCCAGUCAAUAACAAAUUCCCUAAUAGUGAACUUUCUGAAAUUAGUAGGCAAGGAGAGGGCACAAUGGGUGGUUGCGUUAUGGCACCACUUAAGUCCUUGGUUACGGAAAGUCUUGGGGAAGAGAAUACUGCAUGUUGUGUCACUGAAUUUGGUCCAGGAAAUGCUCUUCUAGGCAACUUCCCGAUGGUACAUAUGCAGAAUGAGAAACUAAGUGCAGUUUCCCGACCUGAUGGUCUUUUUCUGGCAAAUAUUGAUCCUAUAGCAAGACAGAGUAACAGCCCUCUAGAUUCGUUGUCAUCUGGACAAAUUCAAGUGAAACCCAUUGUAUGUACUGGUUCAGUUGACCAGCAUCUUGUUCCUUCUGAAUGGACUGAACAAGAUGACCCCAAUUUGGGAAAGACUGCUACACAUACCUCAAGUCACUUUAACUACUUGGAACAAAUUAAUGGUAUUUUUGCUGGUCUUGUGGUGUCUCAUGGAAGAGGAUGCUUAUACAUGGGUUCAUCUUUCAAACCUCAAGGAUAUAUAAAUAGUUAUCUGCAUGGAGAUUUUGCUGCAGCUGCUGCUGCUAGUUUAGCUGUCCUUUCUUCGGAAGAAACCCAGGGUUCUGAGACUCGUGUUUCAGACAAGCGUAAACAGAUGGCUGCAAGUUUUCUACAUCAAGCUAAAGCUUUCUCAUCAGUAGCAAUGCGUUUUUUUUGGCCGAAUAUGGAAAAGAAACUUGUGGAAGUACCAAGGGAAAGAUGUAGCUGGUGUCUUAGUUGUAAGGCCCCUGUGGCUAGUAAGAGAGGAUGCUUGUUGAAUGCUGCAGCAUCAAAUGCCAUUAAGGGGCCUAUGAAGAUACUUAGUGGUCUACGUCCUGCAAAGGGUGGUGAGGGCAGUCUUCCUGGUAUUGCCACAUAUAUUAUAUUGAUGGAGGAGAGCUUAAUUGGUCUUAUAGGUGGCGCUUUUCAGAGUGCAGCUUUUAGAAACCAAUGGCGUAAAGAGGCAGAAGAAGCUACCAGUUGCAGUGUGAUAAAGUCUCUUUUGCUCGAACUUGAGGAGAAUAUCCGCCUAGUUGCAUUUUCUGUGGAUUGGAUUAAGCUUGUUGAUGGUGGAUCAUCCGAGUCUUCUGUCACUCAGUCAGCUACUGCUGCUGUUGGAUCAACCCAUAAGCGUAAACCAGGGAGACGUGGUAGGAAACCAAUGGCUAUUGUUGAAGCCACUGCUGAUGACGGCCAGGAUUUACCGACCGACUUCACUUGGUGGAGAGGUGGCUUGAUUUCUAAUUUUAUACUCCAGAAAGGGACUCUACCCCAAAGGAUGGUGAAGAAAGCUGCACUUCAAGGCGGUGUAAAAAAGAUACCUGGUAUUUAUUAUGCUGAAGGGUCUGAGACUGCCAAAAGAAGUAGGCAGCUUGUUUGGCGGGCUGCAGUUGAUAUGUGUAAGACAACAUCACAGCUUGCGCUUCAGGUGAGGUACCUAGAUAUGCAUGUGAGAUGGAGUGACCUUGUUCGUCCUGAACAGAGCGUCCAAGAUGGAAAAGGUCCAGAAACAGAAGCUUCAGCUUUCAGAAAUGCUUAUAUAUGCGACAAAAGAGUUGUCGAAAAUGAGAGUAGGUAUGGAGUUGCUUUUGGGAAUCAGAAACAUCUCCCGUCUCGUGUGAUGAAGAGUGUCGCAGAAGUAGAGCAAACACAGGAUGGCAAGGAAAGAUAUUGGUUUUCUGAGUUGCGGAUUCCUUUGUAUCUUAUAAAAGAGUAUGAAGAAAAAAUAGGAAAAGAUCUGGCUUCAGCAGACAAAUGCACAAGUGCAUUUAUGCAGAAAAAAACCUCGAGGGCUCCAUGUACCGAUAUCUUCUCUUAUCUAGUACUGAAGAGAGAUGGCAAUGAUAAGUAUUGUUGUGCUUCAUGUCAAGCGGAUGUGUCAGUCAGGUAUGUGGUCAAGUGCAAUGCAUGUCAAGGUCUCUGUCACGAGCACUGUACAGUUAGUUCAACAGUUGAUGCUUCAAGCACUUGCAAACAGUGUAACCAAAAUAGAGCCCUUUUUCAAGCUAAAUGCAGUGAUGAAUCUCCAACAAGUCCUUUACUGCUGCAAGGACAAUACUUUCCAAAGCCAAUAUCAGCCAACAAAGGAGUUAAUGUUGGUAGUUUAAGUCGUCCAUCAGCCUCUGUUGCCACUUUGAAGCAUUCUUCUGCCAUGAAGCAUAGUAAUUCUUCGAAGUCCAAAUCAAAAGCAAAUCACAACUUAGGUGUCAUUUGGAGAAAGAAGAGUGAAGACACUGGCACUGAUUUUGUAUUAAGAAACAUACUUUUGAAGGGCAAUCCAGAUGGGUAUCCUCUCAUUGCUAUUUGCCACCUUUGUCGCAAUCCAUACAAUCCUGAUUUGAUGUACAUCCGUUGUGAAACUUGUUCAAAUUGGUUUCAUGCUGAUGCUGUUGGACUUGAAGAAUCAAAAAUCCAUCAAGUUAUGGGGUUCAAAUGUUCUAGAUGCCGUAGAACAAGAAUACCCAUCUGUCCUUAUUUGGAUCCAAAAAGCAAAAAGCAGAUAGAAGAAAAGAGAACGCGCGCAAGGGCUUCAAAGAUGGAUAAUUCAGGAAUGGAGUUUGGUUCUGGGAUGAUUUCAGAGCUACACAUGGAUGACGAGUUGUCUUCUCAAGUGUUGCCUUCCGAGGAGGACGGCAUGUAUCUAGAGGAUGAUAAUUCUCUUCUUGUUUCUACGUCAGAAGAAUUCAGUGAGCAAUUCCCUGAAGCUGAUUGUGAGUGGAAUACUGCAACCAUGUCUGUGUUUGGCCCUAAAAAAUUGCCCGUAAGAAGGCAGGUAAAGAAUGAGAAUGAUUUGGAUUCUUCUUUCGCAAGCGAUCCUUUCCAUGCCGAUUUUUUUGGAGGAGACAUAAUGAUUUCUGCAGAAGAAAUACCAGUUAAUGCAGAACGUGGUACUAAACUGCCAGUAAGAAGAAAUGGAGGAACGGAGAAGGAUUUAGAUACUCUUGCCUACAACCCCACAAAUGUCGAAUUAUCCACACCUUUUGAGGUUGAAUGGGAUACUUCCAGAAAUGGUUUUGACGACGGCCUGAUGUUUGAAUAUGAUGAUCUCCAGUGUGACGAUAUGGAGUUUGAACCUCAGACCUAUUUCUCUUUCAAUGAAUUGCUCGCGUCUGAUGAUUGUGGCCCUCUUGAUGGAUCUUCUAAUCUAACAGACAACGGUGACACAUCGUUGGGGUUUCCAUCCGAUGGACUUGCCGAUUUGUCCUACUUUCAGCACGAGCAUGCACUUGGCAUAGAUUCCGCUGCAGUCACUGUCUCUUGUAAAGUGUGUUCUCAUACCAAACCAUGCCCUGAUCUUUGUUGUCAAAUGUGUGGCAUAUGGAUCCACAGUCAUUGUUCACCUUGGGUUGAAGAGUUGUUUGGGGAAACCGGUUGGAUGUGUGGCAACUGUAGGGACUGGAGAUAGUUUAUGCUUGUCAUUUUUUCGUGAUCUUGCCGAUUGAAGCCAGAGGUGCAGGUGCAUCAGCCCGUGAGAAUUGGAGAUAUCGAUGCAGUUUCUUGAGCAGACUAUUUGCUGAUACAAGGUGCUAUUGCUACUUUUGUCGCGAAGUCACUUGUGAUCCCAGCAGGUAAAAACUGUUAUGCUGAGCGGCUAGAGCACAUUCAAGGUUCAGUGAUGGGGGCUGCUCCAAUUUUGCGACCUGGCAAAUUUUCCUCAUCCGAUCUCUCUGAGCUUUCAUUAUGUAGAAGUCUCGUAUUUCUUUUGAAUGAUUAUAGCUGGAUGAUAGGAAAACAAUCGCGCGAGCGCAGUAUACAUGUAGAAAAUGAUUUACUAGGAGGUUGUGGUAUUUGCUCCAACCUUUGCAGAUAAGCAACUUUUUUUAUUGGCGCUUAUCUGAUGCUUUUGACUGUAUAAAGAGGCAAUUAGUUAGAAA